AUGCCUCCCGAGGUUUACAUCCGCUUUGAAGGCCCCUUGAGGAUGGAUCUCAAGGCAAAGGUGAAAGACAAAAUCUGGAAGAGGGAGUACGUGGAAAUUUUUUCAUUGCUCCCUCUGGAAAAAUUCAACCGGGGUCGGGUUAAAUCAGAAGAGGGGGAAAAAAAAGGAGGAGGAGAAACACAGGUGGUGUCCGUUGAUCCCGCAGAUUUUCUCCAAUUGGCUGCAAGCCUACGUGAUAUUGGCCAGUGUGGUGGCAUGCCGAGUUUAUGGCGGGACAGUGUGGUGGCAUGCCGACUCCGGUACGACGAGCAGUUCCGGCAGCAGAUGGCGGUGCAGCCUUCUCUGCUGUGGGACCAUGAAGACAUAGGACCAACAGCUAUGGUCAUGAAACUGAAAACAGCCCAAUGGACUUUGGUGCUGAAGGUGGUUGCCAAACUUAUAAUCUCACCUUUCUAUUUUUCAGCCAAGUGUCAGGCUGGUGGGGCCAAACUGCUUAAAGGGGUUUCCCCUGCAAUAAUUCCCCUGCAUUCAUGUAAACUGACUCCAAACUCAGAAGUAAAGUCCAGAAGUGGCAUUAUCCUAUCAGAAGAUGAGCGUCUUAUCCUCAACAAGAUAUCUGGAUGGAUCCAUACAGGGUCCUUUAAUGACACAAGGUUUGCCUCAAGUGCUAAGGACAGCAAGGCCACUAUUCUUAACCCCAGGAAGAAGUACUGCACCGGAGACAAGUUAACUAUCCAGAUUGAUAUGUUUGAUUACUUGGGUAAUAGGAAGACAUAUGGAGGAGACUUCAUAAGAUCUAGAAUAUUCAACCCUACUCUGAAAGCCGGAGCAUCGGGAGUGGUUGAAGACUUCAACAAUGGAACCUAUCAUGUCCACUUUACUUUAUUUUGGGAAGGCAAAGUUUAUAUUUCCUUGUUACUUUACCAUUCAAGUGAGGCGGCUUCAGCCCUAUGGAAAGCCAAGGACAAUGACUAUGGACUUAUAGCCUUUGUGGGAACAUUUGUGAACAAAAGCCAGUCCAUUAAAAGUCCAUGUGGGUUCAAACUCGACUCAGAAAACGAAGUCUGUGAAUAUAGACCGGGGAAAAACGUUGAAUCAUUUUACUGCAUCAAACAGGACAAUUUCCAUUGUGGUUCCUUAACUACUCUCCAGUCGUUCAACCGAGACGUCUCCUUUCUUAAAAGCUCAGAGAAGCCACUGUUCAACAGGACAACUCCAGCUUCAUCUAACUCAAGUAUCUGUAAGAUUGGAAUGGAAUCUCCAUUUCCCAGUGGGUUUGUAUUACAAAAUAAGUGGAGACCUGUCUUCUGUAAGAUCCCUGACUUUACCACCCAAGACAAGAUGUACGCUUGUUUAAAGGAUAAGCUGGUCUAUUUGUUUGGAGACUCCACAGUGCGGCAAUGGUUUGAGCAUAUUUUACAAACAUUCAAAGGAUUCAAGAACUUUAAUCUCGACCGCUCUGGUCUCAAGUCAAAGCUUUUUGCAGCAAAUAAUGAAAAGAAUAUCCUUCUGCUCUUUAAAAAGCACAGCCAUCCUUUUAUCGCAUCGCGUUUCUAUGUUGUUAAAGAUGAUUUGUCCAUGAGCGAUGAGAUCGAUCAAUUACCUGGAGGUCCACACCACGUCCUGAUCAUCUCAAUCGGUCAGCACUUCCGACCUUUCCCAAUCCAGCUCUUCAUCAGGAGGGUUAUGAAUGUACACAGAGCUGUGGAAAGACUCUUCUUAAGGAGUCCAGAUACCAAGGUCAUCAUCAAGGCCGAGAACACUCGAGAAAUCAAUGCGGACAUGGAGAGAUUCAGUGACUUUCAUGGCUACAUCCAAUACCUGAUUGUAAUGGAAGCCUUCAAAGAUCUUCCUGUUGCUAUAGUAGAUGCAUGGGACAUGACAAUCGCCUUCAACUCACAUAGUGUCCAUCCCCCAGAGCCUGUAGUCAGGAACCAGAUAUAUAUGUUAUUGUCAUAUAUGUGUUCAUAACAGUUAUAAAGGGAUUGUCCAAAAUUAGAAAAACUGGUCUUUUUAUUUUUCAGUAACAGCAUCACUCUUAUUAUGGACUGUGUCUUGUGUUGCAUCAUAUUCACCAAACACAUCCCAUGGACAAGAGUGGUGCUGUUUCUGGGAAGGAAAGCAGUCUCAUUUUUACAGUCUUUGACAAC